GUCGAUGCAUUCAAAUGGCAACUGAUAAGACUAAAUAUACCUGUGUAGGUCUCCUUUAUAGCUGAGUGUGUGGAUAACUGUGAUGUAUUGAGGCUUAAAUACCUUAAUCAGAAGUUUUAUUGUAUCAUCAAGUAGUGAAAUACUUAUCAUGUUUCUCUAAAGACCGUCGACGAGGUGUUUUGUUCCGGACGUACAGUUAGUCGGAUCUGUUCCUUAUUGAAUGUGAUAUGUAACUUCUAUGACUGCACUCUCAGUGUCCUAACACUCGUAAAUGAUCAAUAACCUCUCAAAAUGAGGAAGAAAAUCGCAUUGUUGUUAAUGGUUUUGAUAUUGAUCUCCGCCAAAGCUAGCAGAGCUGAUUGUGAUGCAUUUUUCAACGAUGCAAUAGAUCUAACACUUAAUGACAGUACAUUGAAUGUUAAAGGAGAUGUUGUUGCUGACUACUACAGUGAAAUUGGCAAUGAAACUUUGGAAUUUCUGGAUGACGAUUGUGAUAGGGUGUUAGAAAUCAACAGAACACAGCUUCUCCUUAAUGUGAAUCUACUAGACCAGAGUGUUUGUGACAUGGGGGCGGUCAUGCAAUGCCAAAUGAAAUGUUUUGGGAACCAACAUACCAGCAAGAACUCACUUAGAGUUGAAAUCAAGAGAACAUCAAGAAGGAAAUUCAGCUUUAGAAAAUCGAUAUAUUUCACAAAUAUAUCUGAGGCAGCAGUUGUAGGCAAGGACGUGUUUGCAUUCAGUACAAAUGAUGUGCAAAGGGAAGAUUGUGUGGACUAUUCAAACACAUUUUUUUUGAUCGCGGACAACGAGAGUCUGUUUAUUAUGACACAAAAUAACAUCAAACUGGUUCACAGUUUGGAUUACGACACCGGAAACACAGAAUAUAGCCUGAAUAUUACAGCUAUAACAAACUUUGGACACACGGAUCAAAUUUAUAAUUACACUACUCUGAUUGUAUCCGUCAUAGACGUGGACGACAUGGACCCAGAGUUUGACCACGAUGUAUACAUUUUACAUAUACCAGAAGAGAAUGAAACAAUUCAAAACACUUCACUGGAAACACAACCUCCUAUAUUUGCGACAGACAGAGACAUGGGACAAGGCAAACAAGAAUUGUAUUACCAAUUUGAAGAUGGAACGAAUACUAACGGAUGUUUUAUGAUAAAUAAAACUACUGGUGAAAUAUCCACGAGAUGCGUGCUCGAUAGAGAGUCGAACAGUACCUUCCAGCUGAUAAUUAAGGCCGUGCAGAGAAACACGUACUUGAGAAGUUGUACAGCUACCUUGUUAAUAGUUGUGGAUGAUGUUAACGACCACACCCCGGAGUUUCAGAAAAAGCAGUUCUCUGUUUCUGUCCCAGAGAAUUCGAAAAAUGGAACUUCAAUUAUCCAAGUUAGCGCAGUAGACCAAGACGAGGGCGUGAAUGCAGAAGUCGGAUACCGGAUACUACCAGCAGGAAAUGACACAUUCUCUGUUGAUGACCACGGCUUUAUCAAAGUAGAAAAUCCAUCGAAACUGGAUCGAGAGAGUGGAAAUGGGACAAUGGAUAUAAAGGUCAUUGCAUACGACAAGAAAAGUGAGAAAAUUUCCAACUCUACAGCCACCGUCCGUAUAACAUUAUCAGAUGUUAAUGAUGUAGCUCCUGUGUUUGAACACCAUGAAUAUACGUUUGCAUUAUCUAUUGCUCCUAAAAAGGGCGAUCAUAUUGGAACAGUUAAGGCUUUCGACGGCGAUCAAGUCAAUACACCAAACUCUGACGUCAGAUACCAACUAGUGAAGACACUAUAUUCACAUAUGUUCUCCAUGAACAACCUGACAGGACUUAUAUCGAUUAGAAAAGUGCCACCAGCAACAGCAAAUCUUCUAGAGCUGGCAGUGCUGGCCGUCGAUCUCGGAGAGCCAGCUCUUCAGACCGUUGCUCAAAUACUCUUGUCCAGGACUCUGGUGGUGGGGUACUCUGUGAGGUUCACUGUUCCCGAAAGUGAACCGGAAGUACGAAAACGUAUUGCAGAUAUUCAAAAAGGCAUUAGCGACAUUCUCAAUCUUCAGGUUUCAGUGGGUGACAUAAAUAGUGUUGAUAGUAACAAGCACUCAUGUUUUGUGAAUAUAACAGCGAAGUUCAACAAUGACACACCUGUUACCGGCGAUGUUCUUCAAAGUUUUGUUCUACAACACAUGAGUGACAUCCUGGCUUUGUUCUCUAAUGGAGAUGCAGCUAGGCAGGGUAGCACGGACGAUAACUUCUCGACAGAAAUCAUUGCUCUCAUUGCUGUUUGUGGGGUGAUGUUCAUCGCCAUAAUCAUCCUCAUCGGUAUCAUAUGCAGAAGGACAAAAAGGUUUGAAAGAUACAAACAGCUUCACAAUCACCUCACUCGAAAGAGUUCCAUAUAUGAGUCACAAGAAAUGAAGAUUCAUAUGGACGAUGAACAAACAUCAGAUUAUAAUGGCUCGCUGAACGGUUCGAAUGACUUGCCAAGUCUACAGAAUGCAACCACAGAUGAGCUAAGAGAAGGGGUGGUAUCAGCCUUUUCAAAUCCAGCAUAUACUCUUGACGAAACUACAGUGAAAUUAUCGCCUGCAGAGGAAGAGGCGCAACAGAGUCUGGAUGAUCUUGCCAAUCGACUGGAUGCGGAGGACACCACUGCCAUGCCGGUAGAUAGUUAUAACCCAUCAGAGCAUGAGAUGGAGGUCGAAAUUAAACCGGACUACGACACGCCUAAUAAUUAUGUCAACGUUCCUUUAUCAUUUGAAGAGACGACUAUUGUGGGUCAUGAAGACGUUUCCAAAUCAGUGGAUGUUCCAGAAGAUUAUCCAAUAGAUGACAAGACAGAAGCUGAUAUAGAUGUAGCAGAAGAUAAUAAAAACGAACCAAUCGAUGAUAAAGAUGAGCCUAAUCCGGAUUACGAUGUAAAAGCCGUUCGCUUUUCUAUGCAAGUUUUGGACGCGGGCGAAAAUAAAUUCCAACCAUUGAAAGAAAAAGAGGACAUUGUAGAUGAAAGAAAGGAUGAAAAUUUGGGAGAAGAUCAAAACGAUAACGAGGCAGAUAGAGAAGAACAAGAGGAAGAUGCUGGAAGGCCAGGAGAAGACGUGGAUGAUGUACGAGAAGACUUUGAACAUGGGAAGGAAGCUGACUUUGGUGAUGGUAUUGAAAGCGAACGCACAGACGAAGAAAUUCUAUCUCCAAACGAAGUCCUAAAAGAUGAGAAUGACUUUGAAGAGGAAAAUGUUCCUCACUUUGCUUUCGAUACGAAAUUGUAAUGUGCAGCUGAAUAUUGAAAGGACGAAAAUCAAAAUGCAUUUAUACUUAAUUAGUGUUUAACACCGCCAUGUAUCUGAUGUAAAAACUUUUAAUCUACAUUUUGAAAACAAUUUCAUUUUCUACUUAAUAGAUCAAGGAAUUUCACAUGAAACAUAAUCAUUGUUUUAUUUGAACACGAUAGAAGAAACAUGAUCGUGGGUUUUCUGCAAAAAAUCAAAUAUCGCUAUACCAGUAUUCAUUUCUGAAGUGCUAACACUUUACUAUAAAAAAAAUUUCUCUUUGAAUAAGUUAUAGGGAUUCAAAAUCCUAUGAAAUUUACAUAUUUAUUGGGGGGCAUAAUGUCUAGUUGAAAGACAGUUGUUUCAUUUUUAUGUAGACAUAGAAAGGAGGAGGAUAAAACGGGCGAAGCCCUGACCAAGUGUAAUUGUAACAUAGACUAAUACAUGUAGCAAUACUGAAGUGUUUAUUAUGUACAUUAAGUACAGAUAAAGAAAGAAAUGCUUAAGAUUUUUAUGUUCAAUUUCCAUCAAACGGCUAUGCAUAUUCUUGCCAUUGUAAAUACAUGUACUUCCAAAUUGUGAAUUUGAAUUAUUCGCUGAAACUCUUGGUUCGUGUCACUUUGUUAUAAAUCAUUUAUAAUUUGUGAUAUUUUGUUUUGAAGGAUGAUUUUGGUAUUUGUAUAAUGUAUAUCUUUCUAUCAGUAUCUUUGUGUUUGCUAUCAAAUAUUCAGACGUUUGAAAUUGCAAUAAUUUUCCCAAAUUAUCAUGUCAAGUACCUUUUUACCAGUUCUUCAUUACGUUUGCGCAAUUCUAUAUAUUUAUAUUUAUCAUAUGAAAAGGUGAAGGUAACGAACAUAUGUGAACAUUACAACAAAGGAACAAAUGUUAAUUUUACAGUGAUCUUGAGAGGGUUGCGGGAGUUGCAUUUCCCCUUUGGCUGAACGUUGUAAACAGAAAUGGUCAUUUGUGUCAUUUUUGGGUCUGCAAUUUUCCUUUUGGGGCGAACAAAUGUACCAUUUGGGUCACAAACUCUUCUUUUUUUUCGGUACUUCUCUGGACCCUCCCCUGAUUCUGUACAUGAAAGAUAUGUUUGAAUCAUAUUAAAUAUAUUGAGAUACCGUCAGUGGUAAAUGUACACAUAUGAAGAAUAUCACACUGUAUUUUGAAAUGUUUUAUAUUAUUGUGAAACAGAAAAUUGAUGGGGCAAACUUCUAUUUCUUUUAUUGCAAUAAAUGUUGAUCAUUCAG